CGAAAACAUAAACCCAGUCAAAGAAUUAUUAUUUUCCACACCUAGUUCCUUGCCAAGUUCUCUUUAAACAAUUCAUCUACGAGCUAGGCAAUAAGAGAUUCAGCUGGUAAUGGCAACACAAACCCAAGCAAUCCCGCUCACAGCCCCACAGCCCGGGUCCGAGUCGGACUCAACUCCAGCACCGGUCUUGCCGCCUAUCUCACGCCGGAAGCAAGCUUCGGUCCUCCUCUCGGCAUUCGUGACUAUCGCUCUUACAAUAGGGUAUAAUCAAACCUUUGGUGUCUUCCAAGAGUAUUAUCUCUCGCCGGAUCAGAAUGUUCUAGUGCCCUCCCCGGCCUCACAGGCCACACCGCCGACAGCACUGCUCGUCUUCGUAGGCACGCUAUGUUACGGGCUGACUUGGGCGGGUGGUAUCCUUGUCAAUCCUGUGAUAUCGCGUAUCGAGAAUGGAACUUGGGCUCUAGCCACGCCUUCGAGUCGGCGAUGGCGCCGUAGGAUACUACGUUUCUUAACGCCAAGGACCAUCACCACUUCAGGAGUAGUUAUGAUGUCUGCUGGGUUCGCGUUGGCUUCUCUCGCUAGUUCUAUAUGGCAGCUUCUGCUUACGCAGGGUUUCCUGGUUGGCCUUGGAAUGUCACUCUUGUACUUCCCACUCCUUGCACCAGCGCCCGAGUAUUUCACCAGCCAUCGUGCUACCGCCAUGGGCUUCAUCCUGGCCGGUGGCGGUACUGGUGGUCUCAUACUUUCGCCUGUAAUCCGCGCACUUCUUAGCUCACUCGGUGGCCGUUGGACUCUUCGGAUUUAUGCUAUCUUUAAUCUAGUCGCCGGGCUACCAAUUGCCUGGGCUGUACCGCGAAGUCGGUUUGCAACAGUCCCAGCCCGAGAACGACCCGAGAGGCGAAACACCCACGUCUCACGCUCCUUGGCCGUAAAACCUGUGUUCCUCUUCUCUGUCGUGGCUGCAUUUCUCCAGUCGGCCGGUGCCCAACUUCCCCUCUCCUUCAUCCCUUCCUAUACAGUAAUUCUCGGGCAAACUGCCUCUAGUGGCGCCAAUCUCCUCGCCGCCAGCAACGCUAUAAACGCCGUAUCCCGCGUCCUCACCGGCUAUGCCGGCGACCGCCUCGGCCGACAGAACACACUUUUGUUGACACUCUUCCUUGCUGCAUCUAGCGUAUUUGCCUUCUGGCUUUCUAGCAUUCUCGCAACUGCCUCAUCGUCGUUCUCGCUUUGGUUGGCCUUCAUUGUGCUCUACAGCGUCUCAGCCGGUGGGUAUUAUGGGCUAUUCCCGGCGCUUAUUGCGGAGGUUUUCGGGAUCCAGCAGUACGCUGCUGUGAACGCGUUCAUACUAUUCGUAAGGGGGCUGGGGACUAUGUUCGGAAGUCCCGUUGGCGGACAACUGUUGGGAAGUUCGGAAGAGGGAACAGGGGCGUAUGUUAGUAUUGCGUAUUGGGAUGGCGCGCUGUUAAUGGGUGCUACAAUGUGCUGCGUUGGGGUACGAUGGGCUGAUGGAAAGGGGAAGGGGUGGAAAUGGAUUGCUUAACGUGGACAUGACCUAGACGUGUACAAGAUGAAAAUAUCAUUUUGCAGCUCGUAUACUACUCGAUUAGAACAAACGAGUAGGCUAGACUGAAGGGUUUAAAGCCAUGCUAAUCUCGGUAUAAGAAUUGUUACCCCUAUGACCUAUAUUACAGUGGCACCUUAAUAAUCUACUUACCACAUUGAC